CUAGCAUUAGAAAUUUGGAAGGAAGUUAUAAUAGAACCUAUAAAAGAAAAGUUGGUUGCAGAGCUCUUGGUUGAAAUAAAAAGGUUUGUAAAGAUUAGUGAGUACUACAAUAACCUUAUUAUAACGAUGCACUUUACUAACGUGACUUGAAUAAACGAUUGAAAAAAAUCAAAAUCUUUUAAACGAACGAUAAAUUAACGAUAACACAAAUCAGUCUUAUUUAUAUUAACAGGAAAUUUUCAAAUUCGCAUUAACACAUGCAGCUCGUCGUUAAUUUCUCAUAAAGUGGGUCGACCCUAUUAUAUCCAGAUGGAAUAAAUUAAGAAAACAAAAACUCAAUUAUCUCAAUUCUAUGUAGGGAUCGCGAUGGUGAAAACACCCAGCACAACGUAAUUCAUGGAGCCAUUGAAUCAUUUGGUAAGUUUAUAUGAUAUUAACUUUAGUGGGCGUUAUGGCGUAUUUUUGUGUGCUAGAGUAAACAAAUUAUUGACCACAAAUCAGCGUGUGUUCACCGGUCUAAUUAUUAUAUUGGCAAUCAUUCAGUUCUAUUGGCAUUUUUGUCAUGAGGGUCUAAGCUCAAGCACCACCGCGCAACCGGUUAUUUCCGACCGGAGCUCCGAUUUUUUUGGAGUUCCGGUUCCGGCCGGAACUAAUAAAAAACAUGGCCGGGAGGACCAGAACUUUGUCGUUCUCAGAGAGAUAGAAUAUCAAGUUUAUUUAUUGAAUAGCAUAGGAAGAAAUUUGGACUACACAAGAAAAUGUACACUAUUAACACUUCAUUAUGACGUUUAACGUUAGUCAAUCUUUUUAUUCUAACAUUUGCGAGCUCUCUCCUUGAUGACACAAAGUGUCUGGCAGCAGACACAGUAACAUAUGACCACAUAUCGCUUAAUGAAUCGGUUCCGGCCGGAACUUUUUUCCAGUUCCGGCCAGAUCUGGUUCCGGCCGGAACUUUAAAAAUUGGUUCCGGUGCAUCCCUAUCACCAGAGCGCAAUAUAAUUUUGAAAACCUGGUCUGACAAUACGUCACACCAACCCAGAUCAGACACGCUCGGACACUAAUUAUGUACAGAACUCGAGAGACAAAUGUUUUACAGUAAUUGUCGUAUUAAAUUCAACUCAGCCAGGACCAGUAAAUUUGGACUAGCCAUCCUCGCUGCUUGUUGUUUAUUACUUUCAUCUUUGUCUAUUUACAGUUAUUGUUCAGGAAUACUACAGUCGAGGAAAGCUGCAAGUAAGAUCUAGUAGUUUUCAUACAUGAACUGAGCGUAGCAGGAAAUAUGCUCGGUUUAGUAGGCCCUUUCAAUGUCAAGGACGCCAUCUUGAAUCUAUUGUUUUCACCAUUGUAUUUGCACCCCCUGCAAAUUUACCUAUAGGGAAUUCCAUUGUGUUUGCACCCUUUGCACUAUUGUGUUUCAUUAUGGUGUCAUUAACCUUGAAAUGGUCUAUAUGGGCGAAAUAUGUUUACAUUGAAAUAUGUUUACUCUGUUUAAUAUGUGUAAAUAUGUUUACAUUUCUCAGUCUUGACAGAGGGAGAAAUUUCCGAAUAGGAGGGGAGGGAGGGGUGGGGCUCUGGAGGGACAAGCACAUUUUCUGGGGCACCGACAUUCUCGUACCCAGAGCCCUUCUUACGCGCGGUCAACGGAGCGCGACGAGGGGCUCUGGCAAAAUCCAAACCGGAUACCAUAAAAACAUACUAUCUGGUUAAAUUAACACUGCGCAUGUUCAACUCUUAUAUUAUUCAUAGGUACUAUUUUCACAGUAUUAUUCGAGCAUGGAAUUGAGCAUGCGCAGCGUUUAACCGGAUACUAUGUUUUUAUGGUAUCCGGUUUGGAUUUUGCCAGAGCCCCUCGUCGCGCUCCGUUGACCGCGCGUAAGAAGGGCUCUGGGUACGAGAAUGGGGCACCGACAAAUAACAUUAAUUUGAAUCAUAACGGCAUUAGUGCCUUUCUUCGUAGUGAUCAUAGCAACAUUGUAUCAAGCAUAUCCUUGAAAUCAAUGAACAGCGCUGUUUGCUCUAUUUAUCACUUUUCAUCGUUUUUGGGUCGUGUAGUUGUCCAGUUUAAUUUUUUUAGAAAAAUCGUGCAAAUUUAGUGCAGAUAUGUCGAAAGUGUUUAGUUCCUUGUUUCCUAACAGGGUACACUUUUUCUUGUAGCUUUACGAAUCUGAAUUUGAACAAAAACUUCUGGAAGAAACAAGAGAGUUUUACCGGACAGUGUCUUCACGGCUUGUGUCUGAACUCACGUGUUCAGCCUAUUUAGUUAAGGUGAGAACCAAAGUGGUUGGCUUAUAGGUUUGAUCUUAGAUAUGUUUAUAAAGGUGAUUUGUCAAUGAGGAUUUAAUUAAAUUUGACUGAUAUGGAAGCCUUUUAAUGUCUUGGUAUUCAGGACAUCAAUGAACCUCGAUGUAUGGUUAAUAAAAUUGUAUUAAAUCGGUUUAAGGAGGGAAGCGGAAGCCUGGCUUGCGAGGUUGCCACACAUACAACACGUGCAGAGCAGUACGUGCGUGUUUGGCUCUCCAAAUAUACACACGCAACAAUCUCACAUCUUGUAGCAAGUCUGCCAACAAGGUGUCAACAAGUUGUCUUUGCACUGCUUGUCCCAAGUUGUCAACAAGUUUGGAACAAACUGUUAACAACUUGUAACAACCUUGUUGAUAUUAUCAGACUUGUUACAAGGUUGUUCCAACAAGUCCGAUACAGUCAUGAUAUAUAUCAAAUGAAUAUUAUUACAAUCUUCUGUGAUCAACCUUGUAACAUUCUUGUUAUAUCAUGACUGUAUCAGACUUGUUAGAACAACUUUGCUACAAGUCUGAUAAUGCCAUCUAGCUAUAGCUUGUUACAAGUUGUUAACAGCUUGUUCCAAACUUGUUACAACAACUUUUGAUUGAUUGAUUGAUUGAUUUAAUUUUGCCACAAAUGAUUAAUACAACAAUUUACAAAAGUAAUAUUAUAGAAGAGACAAGAAUUGAAGAAUUGUUACGAACUGGGAACAAGGAGUGCGAAGAACUGGGAACAAGCAGUGCGAAGACAACUUGUUGACAGCUUGUGAACAGAUAUGUAACAACUUGUUUGCAGACCUGUAACAACUUAUGCGUUUUUACGUGUGUAGAAGUGAUUAUAGGCUGCAGAGGACAUGGUGGAAAUGACGGAGUCUGUCAAAACAUUUUUUAUUUUGUCCAAAGAUUCUAUUUUAAUGAGACUCCGUGUUUUCCACUUUGUGCCCCCAUACACUUGCAGUGUUUUCUCAAUUUGAAAUUUUGCACUAUUCUUGGAUCCCUUUAGCCAAUAUUGAACUUCACACGCCUAUUUUCGCCAAAUUUCCACCUCCCCAUUGAAUUUGCUAAUUAAGAUUUUUGGUUUCUGUAAAAACUUUAAAAAUAAAGAUCUUUGUUUUCGCCAGCGAAUACAAAGAUCUGGUGUUGUUUUGGUGAUGAAUAUCAUAAGAUAUACAAUAUAUAAUCAUUAUGUAGUAAUGUAAGCAGUAAUCGAUUCGAAAAAUAGUUUUCAUUCUUUUUUCUUCCGAAAUUAAUUACAACCAAGGUUAUCACUGAUGCCUUAUAGAAUACUCAAGACUAAUAUUUUACAAAGUGCAAAUGUAUUCUCUUUGAGAAAUUUAAUUUUAAAAAUGCUAAAGUUUCUGCUAGAUUUAACAAACAAACCUAACUACGGUAGGCUUGUUUUGGUUCUUUUUGCACAUGUCAUGAGCUUUAUUUUCGCUUGCAUGGAUUGAUUUCAAUCUUAAACUUUUACACUUUGCCUUAAUUAAAUAACAGUCUCUGUGCAAAAGAUGUUUAUUAGCCCGAUCAUGUAUAAAAUAUAAAAUAAUGCCAGAUUGUGGUAUAUUUUCAAAUGCUAUAGUUUCGAAUUGGUCAAUAGUUUGCAUUCUUAGAUAAUCUCUCAUUUAUAAUAUUUAUUUCAGGCAGAUCAUUUAAUUCGACAAGAAAAAGUCAGAGCAUCCCAGCUCUUUCAUAAUUCUUCAACAAACAAAGUCAAUAAAGAAUGCGAUGGACAGUUGGUUGAAAAUCACGUGACCUUACUGCAAUCUGAAUGCAGACAAAUGAUAAAGGAUGAAAAUCUUGAAGGUGAGAGAUGACCUCACUCAGUUCAAUUUUGAAGAAUUACUCUCCGUUACUGUUACGAUGGCUAGCCGUACAAAACAUGAAAGUCCUCGAAUCUAAAUACAAAAAUUCAAAGCCUUGAAUGUCCUUAAAUUUUUCUUGCUUUAGUUUUCGGUUAUUUUCUGAAAUUGUUUGACAUCCAAAACGGACAUUUUGUUGAACUGAUUCCGUCCGUUCAUACCUGACAAAGCUGUUUGGAACUCAUUAAAGUUGUGUUUUAAACUGAUUUCUAAUUUUCAUCAGUAUUUAGUCCUUGAAUUUGCUGAUCCUUGAAAAGUCCUUGAAUUUGACUCUUCUUCUCAUGUACGAACCUUGGCUGACUGGAACAUGAGCUAAUAUCCAGCUGGUAGAGAGCCAAUCAGAUUAGAAAACAGCUCUUAUCCAGUAGUUUUAUAAUUCUAUAAAAUCUUCUAUUCAGAUCUUGGCAGAAUGUACUCGUUAAUGAAAUCCAGUGUAACGGGAUUACGAUCGAUGGUUCAACUGUUAGAGGAUAAUAUUAAAGAAAAAG